AAAAAAAAAGCUUGCAGGAAAAAGAAUGGCUUCCGCCGGCGCCGAGCGCACCAAGAAGAAGCUGCGAGUCCUGCUCAUGCCCUUCUUCGCCACAAGCCACAUCGGCCCAUUCACCGACCUCGCCGUCCGCCUCGCCGCUGCCAGGCCGGACAUCGUCGAGCCCACCCUCGCCGUUACGCCGGCGAACGUCCAGGUCGUCCAAUCAGCUCUCGCGCGGCACGGCUCCGCGGCGAGCGGCGUGGUCAGCAUCGCCACGUACCCGUUCCCCGAAGCCGCCGGCCUCCCGCCGGGUGUCGAGAACCUCUCCACUGCCGGCGCCGAAGGGUGGCGCGUUGACGCCACCGCCGUCGAUGAAGCGCUCACCCGGCCGGCGCAGGAGGCGCUCAUCAGGGAGUUGUCCCCCGACGCCCUCAUCUCGGACCUCCACUUCGUCUGGAACGUCGACAUCGCCGGGGAACUCGCCAUGCCCUGCGUUCGAUUCAACGUCAUCGGUUUGUUCUCCGUACUCGCCAUACACCUCGCCAUUGCCGCCGUUCACGACCCCGAUUCAGAGGAGAUCACCAUCUCUGGGUUUCCGGGGAUGGAGCUACGGAUCCCGAGGUCCGAGUUGCCGGAUUUCUUGACCACCCGUUCGGACGUUGACUCGGAUCUCAAGUGGGAGCAAGCGAACACGAGGUGUCACGGCAUCGCUGUGAACUCGUUCUUGUUUCUGGACCAACCAUACUGCGAGAAGUUCAUCAGCAGCGGCUUCGCGAAGCGUGCCUACCACAUCGGGCCCCUCUGCCUGCCGCAGCCACCGGCCAUGGCCAGCGUCGGCGAAAGCUCGUGCAUCAGCUGGCUGGACUCGAAGCCGAGGCAGUCGGUGCUGUACAUAUGCUUCGGCACGUUUGCUCCCGUGUCGGAGGAGCAGCUCGAUCAGCUGGCUCUCGGGCUGGAAGCAUCCGGCGAGCCGUUCUUGUGGGCGGUGAGGGCUGACGGGUGGUCGCCGCCGGCGGGGUGGGCGGAACGCGUCGGGAGCAGGGGAUUGCUGGUCAAAGAUUGGGUCCCGCAGACGGCGAUACUCGCCCACCCGGCGACGGCGGCGUUCUUGACGCACUGCGGCUGGAACUCGCUGCUGGAGGGCGUGAUGGCCGGCGUCCCGUUGCUGACAUGGCCGCUGGUGUUCGAGCAGUUCAUCACGGAAAGGCUGGUCAUGGACGUCCUGCGGGUAGGGGAGAGGGUGUGGGACGGGCCACGGAGCGUGCAGUACAGGAAGGCGGCGCUGGUGCCGUCGGCGGCGGUGGCACGGGCCGUGGCCACGUUCUUGAAGCCUGGAGGGACAGGGGACGCGGCGAGGAUCAGGGCGCAGGAGCUCGCCGCCAUGGCUCACGCGGCCGUGGCGGAAGGUGGCUCGUCGUACAGUGAUCUGCGCAGACUCAUCGACGAUCUGGUCGAAGCAAGGGCGGUCGCCGGCGCGGCUGCGAAGCAUCCUCACUAGUCUGGAACUGUAUACAUGCUGUCACUGGCUCUGGUUGCACCCUACCGAAUAAUUAACUUUUCGCCCCUUUUACUAUCUUUGAUAACAGAUUUGUCACUGAACGCACGUGUCAUAGGUAUACGAGGAUCCACAUGUUAUAAAUAGACAGCGACAAAUCUGUUAUCAUUCAAUCUUAAGAGUGACAAAUAGUUAAAUGUCCUGUACCCUACGAGUGCGAGAUAAAACCAGUUUAUUUCUAAGUACAAUGUUGAUACAUUCUGUUCCAGACUCCCUGUUCAUUUCACUAUGUUUA